UUUUGAGAAAGGAAAAAAACAAAAUAGGCGCAACGGGCGAGGUUCGAACUCAUCAAAUAGGGAAGAAGCUAAAAACGCUGAAGCCACUGAGCUUUGCUAAACUGUGGCAUCUCGAGUAAUUUAAAAAAUUACAAAAGGGUAAAAGUGUCAAAAGAGAGGACAAAGUUGAUUUCCUAGGGUUUUUGCACUUCUUCCUCGUCGUCUCUCUCGUCUUCAAGUGAACAGAUUCGCAUCAAACCCUAAGAAACUGAAGAUGAGGCCGAUCCUGAUGAAGGGACAUGAACGUCCAUUGACGUUUCUGAGGUACAACAGAGAAGGAGAUCUGCUUUUCUCCUGCGCCAAGGACCACACACCCACCCUCUGGUUUGCCGAUAACGGCGAGCGCCUUGGAACUUACCGUGGUCACAACGGUGCUGUUUGGUGCUGUGAUGUCUCCCGAGACUCGUCAAGAUUGAUCACUGGUAGUGCUGAUCAGACUGCAAAGCUGUGGGAUGUAAAAUCUGGAAAAGAAUUGUUCACUUUCAAGUUUAAUGCCCCUACGAGGUCUGUGGAUUUCGCUGUUGGAGAUCGUCUUGCAGUGAUUACCACUGAUCACUUCGUGGACCGUACCGCUGCUAUUCAUGUGAAGCGUAUUGCGGAAGAUCCUGAGGAACAGGAUGCUGAGUCUGUGCUUGUCCUUCAUUGUCCUGAUGGAAAGAAGAGGAUCAAUAGAGCUGUUUGGGGUCCCCUGAACCAAACUAUUGUUAGUGGUGGUGAAGAUAAAGUUAUCAGAAUCUGGGAUGCCGAGACGGGAAAAUUGCUCAAGCAAUCAGAUGAGGAAGUGGGUCACAAGAAGGACAUUACAUCGCUCUGCAAAGCAGCUGAUGACUCUCACUUCCUUACAGGUUCACUUGACAAAACUGCAAAGCUUUGGGACAUGAGAACGCUGACUCUUCUUAAGACUUACACCACUGUGGUGCCCGUAAAUGCUGUCUCCCUGUCUCCACUUCUCAACCAUGUUGUACUUGGAGGUGGUCAAGAUGCAUCAGCUGUGACUACCACUGAUCAUCGUGCUGGAAAGUUUGAAGCUAAGUUUUACGACAAGAUUCUGCAAGAGGAAAUUGGUGGUGUGAAAGGUCAUUUUGGACCUAUAAAUGCUUUGGCAUUCAAUCCUGAUGGGAAGAGUUUCUCUAGUGGAGGUGAAGACGGUUACGUGAGGCUGCAUCAUUUUGACUCCGACUACUUCAACAUCAAGAUUUAGAUUCCGACUACUUGAACGUCAACCUUUUAGAAUCUUUGAAAAAGUCUCCCAUUCCGGAUUUUGUUUUCUCUCUCUUUUAACAUUUUCAUGUUUUUAUUUACUACCAAUACAAAUACCUUGAUGAUAAAGCUUUUGAAUUUUGACAGAAUCUUUAGUUUUCAUUUCCAGAGUUCUCAGUACAAGUUAAUUAACCUGCUCUAUGUGUGAGCGAGCAUUAAUAUUCAGCUUUUAUAAAAUAAACUCGGUUGUAGAAAAGAAUGCCUUGUGUGAUUGACAGUCCUCAAGAGUAGCGAAGAAAAUCACCCAAAGACAGACUCAUAAUGUUUGUGAUAUUCGUGAUGAUUAUUGGAUCUAUAAAUUUUCGGAGAGAGAUGUAUGAAACCUGAAAAGAAAGAUCCUUUAUGCAUGAAACCUUGACAAAAGAAACAAAAGCUUACGCAAAGCAAUAACACCGAUUUCAUAAAAUUACAUCAGGUCUAAAACAAGGAAAUGCAACAA